AUGCCUGUAGCAGCAGGAGUCCAGACACAGAGGCUGUUUUGGUUGAAUGGUAAGCCGGUUUGUACGGUGAAUGAUGACUGGUACGGCUUCACUCCUCUCUGUCCGCAUCCACUCAUUAAAAGUCAAGUGUCUUUCGGUGGGAGCCGUUGGUCGGUGUUUCUCACACCUGAGAUUGGCUCGGAUCGCUCUGGACCACGAGCAGAACUGAUUUCUGAAAGCUGGCGUGAGGAACUGAAGGAUUUGGCCACCAAAGUCAGUCUUUCAGCGGCCGCUGAGACCCAGCAGGACAAGAGAGAGAAACUCACAGAUGAGGAAGUUCCUCGCAGGAAGACGCAGUAUUCGGCGCAGUCCGGCCGGAUCAUCCCUGCUUCGUCCUGGGGAGGGAAGAAGCGCAACAGCAGGACUUCACACAAACGAGCCCAGCGAUGGCAGACGCAAAGCCUGGAGGGAGUGGAGCUCAAGGUGCUGGAGCUUUUGUGUCAGAUCCUGCAGACUGAUUCUCUCUCAAUGGUUCAGCAGUGGCUUUUGUUGGCAAGUAAAAAAGAGAAAGAGCUGGUUCAGGGGUUACUCCAGCAGGCCAUGGCCGAAUCCAGCUCUCUGACCCAGCAGACGUCUGGACCAGAACUUCUGCCUUUGAUGUCUGAAGAUCUGCCUGAUCACGUGUUCCUCAGCUCGUCUGUCAGCCGAAGGAAGAGCAGUUCACAUCCCGCAGAGCCGUUACAGGACAAACCAGAGCGGAUCGGAGAGGCAGAAGUUCUCACGCUGUACCCAGAAAACACAUAACGCCGCUGCUGUCAUCUACAUCACUGAUUUAGUUUGCUCUUUUAGCAGUUGUAUUAUUGUAAUCAUCAUAAUGUA